GCUCCGUCACUCAAACAACCGUGGACAAAGACAACACACGCUCAACCCCUUUUCAACCCGCCCUCCCAUGACACAACAGUUACAACCGGCCACCGGCCACCACCUAGCUCUGCGUGGCCACUGUCCACUGCUUGGGCUCCUGUCACAAAUCCAAAGCCACUCACGCUGCUAACGAGGCUGGCUGGCCAUCCCGUUCAGGCUACACAACGGCGAGCACGUGCUGGCCUGGGAUGCAACUUUGCCAUGCGUGUUACAAGCAGGACAACAGACAAGGUGGUGGGUUCACCCCGCAGGAGCGGACACGGGCCUACCGAUCAGAGAUCCAUCAAAGGGGCACACACAAAGUCUAAAAGUCUACAUCGCUCUGCAACGGCUUGCGCAGUGGUAUUACAGCCCAAGAAUAUUGACAACAGCGAUCCACCUUCUACCCGUCUCGCAGCCAAGGCGAUUACUUCUCGCCCGGCACGGUAAUCUCGAACACUAUAUUCAUCAAGCGUCAGCAAGGCUCGUUCGCCAGGAACCGGUCAGGAGAGGAGAUGGUGUUGGCUUACAGUGAACAGGGUGGGAGGAGAACUGGCGCGCCGGCACCCUCUUCUGGAACAGGUAGUCCAGCUCGGCAAAUGUGCGGUUCUUGGUCUCGGGCAGGAAGAAGAAGAUCCAGACGGCCCAGAUGCAGCACAGCCCAAAGUACAGCAUACCAGCCUUGGCGCCCCAGUUCCACGCGUCGGCGCUGUCGUUGAGCAUGCGCGGGUUGAGCUGUUGCAGGAUGAUCUGGCCGACGACGUACAUGGCACGGCCGAGCACAAUCGUCUGCGCCCGCACACGGCUCGACGACAUCUCCCCCACGAUGGUGUAGGUCGUCGGGCCGAGCGAGAGCUUGAAGAUCAGGUUUACCAGGAUCAGGACGACCGCCACGGCGAUGGCGACGUUUUUGGCGCCCGGCACGAAACCCAUGAUGCCGAUGACCAGCAUGAGAAGGCCAAUGCUCGAGGACCCGUAGAAGAAGAAGAUCCGACGCCCAACCUUGCCCAUCAGAGAAAUGGCGAUCGCCGUGCCCACGAUGUUCACGGACUGGAUGCCCAUGUUGUAGUUGAAGGCUUGGACCUGCGGCAUGCCGGCGGACCGCAGGAAGAUGGUGGCGUAGGAGCAGAUGGCCUGCCCGUUCAGGAUCUGGAUGAUCCAGGCCAUGCAGACAAUGCCGGUCCGGCGCAGGUUGGUGCCGCGGAAACAGUCGCGGUAAGUCGCACCCAUCGCCUCGAUCUUCUCCAUCUCGUUGGUGUGCUUCAUCAGGGCGAGCGUCUCGGCCAUGGUCUGCUCCGUGUAGUGGCCCUUGCGCGCGAGGCGGCGCAGGGCCUUCUCGGCAUCCUCGAGGCGCCCGCGGCGGACGAGGUACCAGGGGCUCUCGGGGGCCACAAAGCCGACGAUGAACAGAGGGACAACCCAGAUCCACUGGAGGGCAUAAGGCACGCGCCAUGCCAGGUCCCCCGGGAGACCCAGCGAGCCACGCAGCACUCCUGCCGCCAGGAACGAGCCGCAGCCCCAGCACAUGGACACCCAGGAUGUCAGGUAGCCCCGCAUGGCUGUAGGGCAGAUCUCGGCGGCGUAUGCAGUCGUGAGUGUCCUGAUGGCGACGUCAGUCCUGCCCCGGAUCCUAGGAUGCCGCACUCUAGAGCCUCCCAAAACAUCACAGGCCGGGGGUCACGACGGAUGAGAAGUGGUGCUUACUGGAAGAUACCCCAGGGAAUUCCGCACAGGAUGUUGGCGGCGAACAGCAUCUGGACGUUGACGGCGAAGAACAGCGUGAAGAUCGUGGCGCCCAUGAGAGUCAUGGCGCCCAUGUAGACUCGCCGACUCCCGAACCGCGACUGCAGCCAGCCGUUCAGCAGGAGACCGAUGAUGCUGCCCAGGUUGUUGCCGUUGCCGAUGGCGGCCUGCCACGAGCUGGGGAUGUGCUGCUUGCCGUUCGCAUCAGGCCACCCGAACCUGUUGAGGUAGGCCUGUUGCCCGAAGAAGUUGUUGAUCAGGCCGACAUCCAUGCCCUCCAUGAUCAGGGCCAUGCUCAGGAGCAUGCUGUAGACGGCGGCCGGCCAGUACCGGCUGAAGAGCUCCUUGCGGGGGAGCUUGGUCUCGGCCUCGCUGGACGCAGCUGCUGCCUCCACGAGGGCCAUGUCCGCGGUGUGGUACUCGGCGUACUCGGCCUGGUUGACAGACCCGGGCCCCUUGGCCACGGACUCGGCCUGCCCCUUCUCGUUGUCGGCCAUGGUGCAAGUGUCGGGUUCUGGCGGCCUGCUCAGCGGCGGCCUGGUGGUUUGAAGGAUAGGGGACUCCGGUGAGGGACAAGAUGAGGCUCAACCAGAGGGCACACGGAAGGGAUGAGGAGGGGGGAGACGGGAUGCAGAUAAGCACGUCCAAAUGUUGCAUUUUGUCUCUGGUCGUCCCGGUGGUCUGGACCAGGUGUUCCAUGCCAAGUUGCCAAACUUUGCGCCAAGCGGGUGUCCACCAACCACCUGUCACUUGAGCAAACGUACCAAGGUGAACUCGCACAAAUCAACACCGAGUUCCUACUAGCCGCCCUCCCCCCAAAGUCCCCGCAAUAUCCCCAUGGGGAACAAUCCCAUGGGCCCACCCGGCGUUCUGGACCCCUGACAAGAACGCGCAGCUAGCUCGGCUAGCCUCAUCCCAUGGUCACAGGUCCCCCAACCGGAGAUAUCUGAUGGUGGCUCCCAAGACGCCGCGGCCAAGACACCACGGAGCUGAGCACCAACUACGGCACCUUUGCACCGAGGCGACGGGCGCCUUUCAGCCGAAUUACGGGCGUCUUUAAACCGAAGAAGCAGCAUGUGUGCAGGCGGGGAAGAGAUCCUUCAAACCAACGGUUCUCGCGGUGGUCGGUCAGGCGAAUUGGAUUCUUGGCUGAUAGCUGCCCAGACCAGCCUAGCCCAGGGCGUGUCCCCUCCCCUGCAUUACUGGACGGCCAACCGCAAGUCCCAUGUGACCUUCCUCAAGCGUUCCCUGCUGACAGUCGAGCUCAGUAGCCACGUCUUGAUGCUGCCUUGCUGAUAAGGGUGACGUUAGUCCUCAUACGGGUGCUAGAGCAGAGAACUACAGGAGAACGGUGAUGCUUGCGGCGCGGGUGCUCGACCUCGGGCUGGUCAUCGACGACCUGUUCGCGGCGUCCCUGGCAGCCUCAUUUCCAUCUUUUUCUAGACGAUGUGCUAGGCCACCGGCCUUGCGCACCAGAGUCGCGACUUUGGCGAGGUUUUGGUCUGCCUGUGUGUCCUUCUCCUUGGAACUUGCAAGAAGAGACGACAAGGUGCCAAGUCCUUCCAGCAUCUUACCGAGCCUCUGGUCAGCAAGCGCGCUGCGCGAGGCUGAGUCGCGGUCGAGCUCCUCGGCCUCCAGCCUUGUAGAUUGUGCGUCAUGCAAGGCCAUGUCGGCCUCGGCCCUGGCGAUCUCUGAGAGGCGCUUCUGCUCCUGCGUCUCGACCCAGCUCAGGAUCUCCUCGAGCUCGGUCCUCUCCUGCACGACCAGGCCUCGCCUCUCCUCGAGGCUGGCCCUGUCUUGCUCGAGCCGGGUCUGAGCACCUUCAAGGUCCCUUCUGUCCUGCUCGAGUCAGCCUUUAGCUGCUUCAAGGUCCUUUUUUUCCCGCUCGAGAACCUCCUGGUCCUGCUUGAGCACGAUCUCGGCGGCCCGGUGUGCUUCUUGCGCGCGGGUGACCUCCUGCCUUUCCCGGGCAAGAUCGGCCUGGAGUUUCUUGUUGCUGUCGACGAGGUCCUCGUUCUUGCGCAGAGCCUCGUUGGCAGCCCGUUCGCGACGCGCAAACUCGAGCUCGCGGGAGACGACGGGUCCCACCUUGCCGAGGGCACACUGCAGCGAGCCCAUGAGGGUGUCCCUGUCACGCUCGCCCGCGUCUCGCUGGCGUUUGAGUUCCUGCACGGUCGAGUUAGCCGUUGAGAGCUCGAGAACAAGGCCUUCGACCUUUCUGGUGGAGCUCUUGGAGCUCGCGCUCCCGGCCGUCGAGCUCGCCCUCCCGCCUGUUCGACUCGUGCUCGGCCGUCCUGAGCCUGUCACGGAUGAUCUGGCAAUGGUCCAGGAUCAACCCGAUCUGCGAGGUAUAGUUGGAGAGCAGGUGGGUGUUGAGUUCGUGCCCACCGGUCUCCAUGAGCUCGGCCGCGAAGUCUUUCAGCAGCCGUAGCAUCUCGACCAGGUUCUGGCUGUUUUCGAUAAUUUCUUGGUAAGACAUUGUGGAUGAUUGGUCGAUGAAGUGGUUAUUAGGUUGAGGUUGGGUUGAGUUUGCUUGCGCGUGAGGAUGUUCUUGUUCUGCAGUGCGGUGUCGCGUGGUUAGGUUGGGAAUCCAGCGCGUGUGAACCACGGGGCGCGCUUUGCUUGCAAACACCACACCUCCUAAUUCUGAACAAACCACGCAAAGACCACAGCGCUCGUUCAGAGACCAACUACUGCUCGAAUUGGAUACUGAGUCCUCGACACUGUUUAAUCCCCCCUCAGACUAACAACCUAUUACCAUCAACAUUCGCGAUGGACACCAUCACCAAGAACAACCCCCAGCCCACCGCGCAGGUCCCUCUGCUGUCUGGCAACAGGCUCGCCCUGACCACGGCGCUGCUCCAGGGAAAGUCCUACUACGAGCUGGGGCUGAUGUUCCAGCGGCUGGCGGACGAGGCGCGGAGGCUCCCAAAAUAUCUCCAGGGCGUGAACCAAGGCGAUGCCUACAUCACAAGGCUCGAGGAGAUGAGUGACCCGACUUCUGCGAUAUGGCGAAUCUUCCAUACCAUCCCCAGAAAGGUCCUCGAGUCCCUUGUGCUCGGCACGUUUGCGCACGAUUUCCUGCGCACGCGUGACAGGCCCGAGUACUAUCGAGACAUGCAGGGGUACGGCGUGUACGCCGUCGCCGUCGCCGUCGCCGACCGCCAUGGGGCGUGGCUGAAACCCAGAGAGUUGACCACCCUGAUAGACAACCUCGAGAGGUACAUCGAAGCGUCGAUAUCCUACUACGAGAACGAAGGAGUCGCCCCCGGGCAUCAGGAACAGAGGGGUUGGGACUUUGUGGCCAUGGUCGACAACAUGUUUGGCCAGCACGCCAAAGAGGACGGGCCCCGCUUCGUGAAGAGCAACGAGAAACAUGUCCUCGACGGCUGGCGCGCGCUCGUCGCGAGCCUGAAGCUCAGGAGGGACGAGAGCCUCGCCCUCGACCCGUCCGGCAAUAGGCCUCUCCUGCAGGGCCCGCUGUGCGUCGGGAGCACUGCCGAGCUGCAGAACCAGUCCAAGGCGUACGACCCCCAGACCGGGCAGAAGACAAAGCUCGAUGGCGUCAACAGGGCAUAUGCCAUGGUCAUGUCCCUGAUGAUGUUCCAGGGCAGAGAGCCGGUGCACGUCUGCCGCUGCGUCACGCGCCUGUGGAACGGCACGGAGCUGCCCAUCGCGGAGAUCCUCAUCGCCACGCUGGGGAACUCGUACAUAUCCCAAGACGGCUUCAACCAAACGGUCUGCGGCGGCGAGUCUGGCAGGCCCAGAGCAAAGAGGAUGUCCGGCACCAAGUCCCCCGGGCUGCCGCCGGCCGCCCAGGCCGCUGAAGGCGGGGGCGGCGUCCUCGACACCGCCGCCGAGGAGUACGUCAAGGGCCGCGAGCGCCACUUCUACGAGAACAUCUUCGCCUCGGUGGAGGAGCUCCGCAAGAGGCACGCCUUUGUGAAGGAGUUCUGCCACCUGGAGCCGCUCUUUGGUCCGCCGGGCGACAACAUCGUCGACCGCCUCAAGGAGCUGGGGAACGAGCUCGAGAUGGUCCGGGACAUGUCCGAGCAGGCCGCGCGCUGGGUGGAACGCGCCGAGGAGGCCAUCAAGGCCACAGAAGCCCAGAUCAAAGUCUACGAGCAGGAUCUCGAGAUGGCACGGCUGGUGUCGGAGCUCGCACGGCUGCUCGGAGUGCCUGCAGGAUCCCAAGCUGGGAGGCCGCCCCCCUGAAGGUUGACGCCUGGAUCAAGUACCACCCGGCUGGGCGUUGUCGAGUCUAGCAACAGAUAGAAACCAAUCAACUAAUUAGCACCUGGCAUACGGUACCCGAAGUGAACACGAGUUAAAAUCCGCCUAAGGCUUUAAUAUACGAACCUCAUCUCGAUUAAACUGACGGCCUUUAAGCUGCCUGUGACAUGUUGGUGUCCUCGUGCAUGCAAAUCCUGAACUAUACCCUGGCGGCUUGAUCUGGAAAGGACUCUACGCAAUUGAAUGUAACCAACUCUAAUUGGGUAUUGGCUGCUGUAUUACAUACAUAGAAAGUGGCGCUGACGAGUGAAUACAGCCCAAUGGUGCCAAGUCGCCAGUCUUGGACCAAGUGUUAACGUGUCGGUGCAUCCAUAUCCCAUUGGUGGCACGGGAGCGCAUCGCCUACCUAGGCAGCUAGGCCAGUAGAGCACCUCGCCGCCGGCCACUCGGCUUGGGAGCCAGGUGAAGAACCCCCCACCACCUCCACACCACUCCAGCCGGAGGAAGCAGCCAUCCUGAUUGACAGGCCUGGGCCUAGGCUGGGUGGCGAGAUUAAGCACCGCGCCCCGGGCAGGCGGCUGAUGUGGGCUAAGUUUAGCCCCCCUCUGGCUGGGUGGCAGGUGGACGGGGCAGAUAAGAGAGUCGGUAAAUGUUGGGUGUGAUGGGAGGAGCGAACCAUUGCAAGGGCAUGGGUUCCCCAGGCGCGGGCCGCAGUGGUGUGAUAGAUGGAGUGUGUGGGCAGCGUGGACGUCGUAGGCGGCGAGGCGGCGAGGCGGCGUAGCAGCGACAGCAGCUCCUCGAGAGGUGCCAGACAAGCAGACCACAGACUCUGGCUAGGGACAAUUUAGACAAGGGACAAUGGCCCCCAAGGACGUACGCAGGCGGCAGGAAGGAACAGGCGAGGUGUGUGGGCCGCCGCCAUUGGCUUGUUAACGCACUCGAGCUGUUGAGGCGACGCGCACAGCAGCCAUCAUCAUCAGCCGACGCCGGCACUCCCGCGCUAUUCCCCAGGCGAGUGGGAUUGCGGACUGAACAGGGCAAGCCGAGCCGCCCUGCCUCCGAAGGCUGUGCGCUGGUCCUGCCGGGCGUGCUGCCAGUCAACUCAGGUGUCGAGGCCAGGCGCAGACGGGGCCGCGCGAUUAGUCUUUUUCUUCUUCUUUCCUGUCCUUCUCUUCCCGCGAAGCUGUGUCACCGGUCCCAUGCUGACCUCAGGAAACCCAUGGUCUCGGUGAGCUCGAAGUGUCGGGGAGUGGCCAGAUUCGAGAUGGACGACCGAGGCAGAGACAGCUGAGAUGGGACGGGGGCGCCGGGAGGGCCUCUGAAGAAGGGCACGAUAGGAGGACAGCGACGGCGUGGAGGACUGUCUGAGAUUGCCUGGCCGUCAAGGGUGGUUGCAUCUGGCAGGGCCAGGAGGCGCUCGGCUAGGACGGCGUGCAGGCUGCAGGCGUGCAGGCGUGGAGGCUGGUUAGAUGGAGAGACAAAAAGAUGAGGUCGAUCGCAGGCAGGCCAGGCUGUUGGGCGGCUGCGGCGUUGAUCGGCGGGGGCAUGGCAUGGCCGGGCUGCACUAACAGACUGGCGGGCAGGCGGGCAGGCGGGC